AUGGCCACCACCCGGACGCCCACUAAGCGUCAGGAAGAGACAGACCUCCCCCCCCCUAAACAGCCCGCAAGGCUGAGUAGGCAUAGUCUGGAGAAGUGGGAGUCGACCGCCAGUGCCUCUACUACGGUGGGGACACAGGGCGCUCCGACCACCUCCAGAUCAAAAGGGCCAAUUACCAAAAAGCCCACAGACAGCCCAAAGGAGGGGGUGGAAGUGCGUGCGCACGCAAGCACAGUGACGACCACCACCGCAAAUAAAAAGACAAAAACGCAAGAGGCGGCUGCACUGGUUAUGAGGGCAAAAAUGGCCCUCAGCCAAUCCAAAAACUUAAAAACGGAGGUGAAGGAGACCCUCAUAGAUGUUCUGGGCAAACUUAAGAAACUGGUGGGUGACUCCGAGGCCGAACGCGAGGCCGAAAAAGGUCGGAAGGGGAGCGGGGGAGCCGGGGAUGGGGUGCCGGUGAACAUAAACACCUGCGCCUCGUCCGCGGUUCCCCCGGACUCCGGACCGAGCAAAAUUCUCGAGGAGCACUCCCGUCUCCUCCUGGAGCACAAGGAGGGGAUGAAGGCCCUCCAGGAGGAGAUGGCAAAGUGCACCCAGGCUAUUGAGGAGCAGCGUCGGAGUUACGCCACCGUGGCCGCCUCGACUCCGCAUAAAUUAAUGCAACCGCUGAGGCCCGCGGAAAAGGAGCAUAGAUUUAAGUUAGAUAUAAGAUAA